AUGGACGGCGGAAACCUCGGGAAUAAUCACCGCAACUUUAAAGGUGGUUCCGGAGACCGCUUAUCAGCCGAAUCAUUGACGUUAAUCGAUACGCGCCUCUUGUCCCAGUCAGAACUUCGCGCUCUCGCCCACUGUUCUUCUCUCUCUCCGUCUUCAUCUUCUUCGGCGUCUCUAGCUGCUUCCGCCGGUGGAGACGACGAUUUGACGCCAAAGAUCGAUCGCUCCGUCUUCAAUGAGUCCGCUGGCAGUCGGAAACAGACAUUUCUCCGCCUCCGCCUUGCGCGCCACCCUCCACCGCCCAGACCUCCGUCUCCGCAACGCCAAAGAGACAAUUCCUCCCGUGAAGAAAACUCGCAAGUGGCAUCGCUUCUCAGAUCUCUGUUCUCCGUCGAUUCGAUCCAGAGGGAAGCGGAAGAAGAGGAAGGAGAGGAAGAAAACGAAGGUCAGCCGCUGAUUCCUGUCCCGAUCCCUAAUAACAGAAAUGUGUAUCAGAAUCCGUAUUUUGACUCGGUUAAGAACGUUCUGGCUCAGGGAAUCUCCGAGAAUGAAACGAGGAGGAGGCGAGGGCGGCCGAGGAAGAUUCGGAACCCUAGCGAUGUUGGGAUUAACGCAGAAACGGGGGUUUCGGAUUCGGAGAGAGAAGGACCUUUUUCUGUAGAUAAAACUCGUAGCAAUUUAGGAACGGAGAGUAGAUAUGAUGAUUCAGGAAUCUCCAUGGACUCAAAUCCAGGGAAGAGAAAGAGAGGCCGUCCUCGAAAGAGUGGAGAUGGCUUCAAUCAGUUAGCAGUGAACUGCAAGGUCGAAGAUAAGGAAGAGAUUGUGAACUUGGAGAACAGAGAAGGUACAAUGGUGGAUCUCACCGCAUUAGCUAAUAGUUCAGAGGAUCCAUACGGAGAGGAGCUGAGGAGGAUCACGUUGGGGUUCGUGACCAAGGAAGAGUUACUAGGUUUCUUGGAACAGUUGAAUGGUGAAUGGGUGAAUGCUGGGAAGAAGAAGAAGAUUGUGGAAGCUUGUAAUUAUGGAGGAUACUUGCCCAGAGGAUGGAAACUUAUGCUCUGCAUCAAAAAGAAAGGGAGCAAUCUUUUGCUGGCUUGUCGCAGAUACAUAAGUCCCGAUGGGCAGGAGUUUGCAACCUGCAUGGAAGUCUCCACAUAUCUGCAAUCUCUUAUUGAAUCCCGAAGCAAGAACAAGAUUCUAGGACAACCAGUGAUGGCUAAUGAAAAUUUACUAGGUAACUCUGAUUCCAUGAACCCUGAAACGAACCAGAACCGAGAGAGAGAAAGAACCAGCAGCGAACCGAAAGGCGGAGAAAAGGGCGGUAUAACGGGGCCAGUGAAAACCGGUUUAGUGGAGGAAGAUGAUAAAAGGAUCCAUACAGCAGAGCUUGUUAAUGGAGACAACGGAGCCGAUACGAAGAAAAGUGAUGACAACGUGGAGAAUUUGGCGGCUAAAUCGAACUCAGAAGAUCAAUUUGGAGAAAAUUUGAUGAGAACGAUGCAAGGCCUUUCAUCGGUGAGUGAGAAGCUUCUAGAGUUCUCUGUGACCAGUUCGUUUUACUAG